ACGCGAGCCCACGCCGCCGCCCCCGCUCUCGAAAGCUUCGCUCUUUCGACCGCGCGUCCGUCGAGCUUCGCCCCGCGCGCGCUCGCACCGUCUCUCUCACCCCACGUCGUCGCGCUUCGCGCGCGCCUCGCGCGGAUUCUACAUCCCGCCGGAACGAUCGAAUCUCGUUGAUCUUCCAUCACUUCCGACCACGACGAGCGCGACGAUGAAGACCACGGUCACGAUGAAGCUCCUCGUCUCCCUCCUCCUCGCGCUCCUGUGCGCGACCGCUCCCGUCGUCCGCGCGAGCGGCGACCCGUUCGAGGAGCUCACGGAGCUUUACGUCACGGACACGACGUCGACGACGCUCAACUCGGACGAGGUGCAACUCAUGUUCGACGACCUCCAGUCGCUCAUCGACACGGGCCACCCCGCGAACGAGCACGCGCACUCCGAGGCCAAAUCGACUUUGACCGUCGCCGAGAUCAUCACCGAGCACGGCUCGAGCAACGCGCUGACGGAGGAUCAGUUCAAGGCGGCGUGCCCGGAGAUCCUCGUCUGCGCGGUGGAGGACACGUGCACGUUCGACACCACGGAGACCACCGGGUCGAUGGAUUACGUCGGCCUGAAGAUGGGCCUCGCGGUCGUCAUCUUCGUCGAGGCGCUGAUCGGCGGUUUGCUGCCGCUGUUUUUCAUCAAGAACCUCGCCAAGGCGGACAGCAUCAUGUCUCUGCUCAACGCCUUCUCCGGCGGCGUCUUCAUCACCGCGGGUCUCACGCACAUCCUGCCGCACGUCGUCGAAUCUCAAGCGGACGUCGACGACCUCUACAACGAGUACCCGCUCGCGUACGCGCUCGUGGUGAUCGGCUUCAUCAUGAUCUUCCUCGUCGAGCGCGUCAUCUUCCACGCGCACGGGCACAGCGCGGAGGAGGAGGAAGGGCACUCGCACGGGCACUCGCAUUCGAAAUCGGACGAGAAGUACAUGGUCGGCCUCGUCGACGGCGACUCGGUGAAGAAGGCGACGAAGGAGGGGUUCAAGACGUCGCUCGUGAUCCUCCUCGCCAUCUCCCUCCACGCGAUCCUCGCGGGCGUCUCCAUGGGCAUCCAGUCCGAGUCCGAGAACGUCUACACCGUGUUCGUCGCGAUCGCGUCGCACAAGGCGCCGGCGGCGUUUUCCAUCGGCAGCAAAUUCAUUCGCAACGGCAUGGACGCGAAAACCGUCGUCUCGCUCAUUGUCGUCUUCUCGCUGGUGACGCCCGUCGGCAUCAUCAUCGGCUUCCUCGUCGGCAGCACCUCCGCGGUCGCGAGGUUGGUGCUCGAGGGCCUCGCCGCUGGUACGUUCAUCUACAUCGGCGCGACGGAGGUCACCGCGGAUGAGUUCGAGAUGACGGCGCGCGCGUGCUCCAAGCUGCACAGCGGCGCGGCGGCGGGCGCCGCGACGGUGCACACGCACAAGACGCACGAGGUGCCGGGGAUGGCCGCGCGUUUGGUCGCGUUCGGGGCGUACGCCUUUGGGUGCCUCGUCAUCCUCCUCGCGAACCUGGCGCCGCACUACGACUGA